ACAAUCAAUCACACAGCCGACUGACACUCUGCUUCUCAUCAUACAAUUCGCAUUUCCUCUCUCUCCGCUUGCAACUUCCCAGCAACCGCCGCGAAACCUCCGAUUAAUCUGUCUCAUCAUCCGCCACGCACUCCGUUUGUUCGGUUCGGAAUGGAGGUAUCUAGUUUGAAUGGAUUGAAAUAUGAUGAGGAGAUGGCAUUGAAGGGUUUGCUUGAUGCAUUUGGGGCUGCAUUUUCUCUGAGUGAUAUUGCCUCUGCCUAUUGCAAAGCAGGACGAAAUGCAAAUUUGGCUGGAGAGAUUCUGUAUGAAAUGCAAGGAAGCAGCUCUUGUUCUGCUACCCAUUUGUCCGACAGUGAGGGAAGAAACGAAGAACCUGCAGAGCCAUUCUGUAGUGAUAAAUCUAAGGAUGCUUAUCUCACAAAUGGGAAGUUUAGAGGAUCAAAGCAAAAAUGUAGGCCGGCAUCAGGUGGCACCAUUUCGAGCAUUCUGGGUAAGGAUUAUAUCAAAUCGAUCCCUUUGGUUAAUGGUUCUUGUCCAGGAACCAAACCAUUGAAGGUGGAUAUGAAGCAACUGCCAGGGCCUGAACUUGGGAAGGAAGAUGUGGAAUCCAAUCUUCUAGUGGAGGAUUUUAUUCGCAAGGAUAUGGAGGAUUUUCUAUUCAAAAUGUUUGGAGUUCAACUGGAUAGGGAUGUGAUUCAAGAAGUUCUAGAUAGUUGUGGAUAUGAUAUGGAAAAGAGCAUGGAGAAGCUGCUUGAUCAGUUGUCACCGAAUUCAGACAAGAAGAAAAAGGUUCUUGGGGAGUCAGGUAAAAAGAUUAUAGAUAUGCAUUCGAGCAUGGAGGGACCUUCAUGGCAGAAAAAUUCUUCUGGAGGAAGGGAUGUAGUACCAGAUACAAAUGGUGGAGAACUACCCAGACAACAGAAGAAAAAUGAUCUCCAGAUGGAAGUUUUGGCUGCUUUCUUUACUGGUCCUGAGAGAUUUGAAGAACCAGCGGUUCAACCUAGGAGAAAAAUCAAGUUAGCAAAGAGAUCUUUAGCAUUUGGAGAACCAGUGGUUCAACCUCUAGAGGAUUUCAUUACCAAAGAAAAAAAGACAGAAAUGAUGAACUCACGACAAGAUGAGGACAAAGAGGAUGCUUUCCAGGCUCUUCGUAGAGCUGUGAGGGAAUACCGGACCACAAUGAAGGAAUACUACAAAGCUGCUAUUGAUGCAUUUGAUAAGGGAGAUCAAGAUCGAGCAAACAAACUUCUAGAGCAGGGUCAUUUUUUUCGAGAGAAGGCUCGCGAAGCUGAUGAUGAAUCCAAUGAAAAGAUUUUUGAAACUAGAGACACGGAAACACACGAGGAAAUGUUGCUUGAUUUGCACGAACACGGUGCCAAGGAGGCAAUUCGCCUUUUGAAGUGUCAUCUAUCCUCUCUAGCAGGCAUCCCAUUAUUCAAGUUCCUCAAGGUCAUCAUUGAGACAAAUGAGGAAGAUAACUCAAAGGGGGCUCGUAGACGCUUGGUUAUGAAAUUAUUAGAGAAUGAAUCAAUUGGUUGGACUGAAGGAAAUCCUGGGUCAAUAUUAAUCCACUUGGAUAAAAUCAACCCAAAAAGGUUGAGUUUUGCCAAGAAAAAAUAGUUGGUGUUCAACAUGCAAUCAAGUUGGUUUCCAAAAAUCAAAGGUUUGAGUAUUGCCAAGAAAGUGUUCCCCAUGAAAUCAAGUUGAUUUCUCAAGACUUACAAAUAUUUGUCACGGGCGGUUUUUAAGAAAAAAUAUUGUGAUUUUUAUGGAAGUUUUUCAUUUUCAAUAUAAUAUUUUUUUUUUCUUAUUACAUUCAUAUACUGUCACAUAAUUUGAUCUUAGACUUUUUAUUAUUUUAUCU